AGAAUUGGAAGUUGAAUAGUUGUCUCUCGCAGCCACAGUUCCCAUGCUUCGUUCUUUUCCUUUCUGGCUGUUGAUCGAGACACACCACGCUGUCCUAAAAAAGGUCAAUAUUCCAACAAAACCGAGGUCAUCAUGAGGAUUUACAAGGAUAUUUUCAACGGGGAUGAGAUGUUCUCCGACACCUACAAGAUCAAACUGGUCGACGAGGUGAUGUACGAGGUUACCGGAAAGCUCGUCCAAAGAAAGGCUGGUGAAGUUAUUCUUGACGGAGCCAAUGCAUCCGCUGAGGGAGCCGAUGCUGACGAAGGUGGAGAUGUUGGUGUCGAAUCUGGCGUUGACAUUGUUCUCAAUCACCGACUUCAGGAGACAUUCGCUUUUGGCGAUAAGAAGGGAUACACCGCUUAUCUGAAAGAGUAUAUGAAGAAGGUUGUUGAGAAACUUCAAACCACCGCCCCCGACCAGGUUGAUGUUUUCAAGACCAACAUCAACAAGGUCAUGAAAGAUCUGUUGGGACGGUUCAAGGAUCUGCAGUUCUUCACUGGCGAGUCCAUGGAUUGCGACGGUAUGGUGGCUAUGAUGGAGUACAGAGAAAUCGACGGCGACAGCAUCCCAAUUCUCAUGUGCUUUAAGCAUGGUCUAGAAGAAGAGAAAUUUUAAACAUGAAUAAUUUUCACUCGCUCUUUCUUAUACAUACCCUACGCGAUCUAAAAAUAAAUGAUGCCUCUGGAAUCAACAACAUAAUAAUACAACACUGUAUUGGUGGCUGGCUACUUUGAUGAAAAAUUCUUUUAAUCCGAAUGAUACAUCAUCACCAUCAUAAUUAUUUUAAGAAAAUUUAAUUAAGCGAGAAUGACGAGAUUUUGUACUUUGGUCACUCAUUUUCCAUUAACUAAUACGAAAGCCUAUACUUGAUUAGCGAUCUGUUACCUAUUUUAUACUAAAACAUGGCUGUCGCUUUGUUACGUUUUAGUUUAAAAUCUACUAUAUACUCUUCUGGUGACCAUGAAUGUGAUGUGACUGAUUGUGCCAUAUAAUACUUCCAUACUUUAUUAUCAUGUUUAUCGUUUUGAAUUGUUGCUGAGUUAGGAAUGGACCGUUAACAAGGACUGAUAGAAUAAACCCAGAUUUGCAUUGUGCUUCAGA